UCGGUGUUGGAUGCGAGACGCUUGAAAAGGCGAGAGGAGAGCCGAGGAGUAGCAGAGAAAUUCGUUCCCAACCUCCACAGUCAAGCUCGUUCAUCUUCCUCUCUAGGGUUUCCUUUUAUUCUCUGAUUUUCGUUCGUAUGGCUACAACCACUGGGCCAAGACGACAGCAGCACGGCAAUGCGAGACCUGCACUGAGAAAGCCCGUGUUCGUCAAGGUAGACCAACUCAAGCCUGGUACCAGCGGCCACACUCUUAUUGUCAAGGUUCUCGACUCCAACACUGUCUUGCAGAAAGGUCGUUCUGCUUCUCAGCAUCUCCGCCACACUCGAGUCUCUGAAUGCCUCGUCGGGGACGAGACUGGUUGCAUUCUUUUCACUGCCCGUAAUGAACAAGUUGAUACUAUGAGACCUGGCGCCACCGUUAUUCUCCGGAAUGCUAAGAUCGAUAUGUUCAAGGGAUCUAUGAGGCUAGCAGUUGACAAAUGGGGCCGUAUUGAGGUCACUGAGCCUGCAGAAUUUCUGGUCAAGGAAGAUAACAAUCUGUCGUUGGUUGAGUAUGAGCUCGUAAACGUGGAGGAGUAACUACGCUUCUUUUGGCAGCUGGCAUAACAUCAUAACAGCAACUUAGUUUUUGAUGGACACUGGUGGUUUAUUUGGUCUCCUGGUAUCUUGCUCUUUCCUCGCACGGAACUUUUGUCUCAAGGAAGAAUUUCUAUCAGGGAUCAACCUAUCUUUUGUAUUUUAAUGGGAUAGCCUAGAGUUAGAUUUUACCUGGGGGUGUAGGCAAAAUCAGCUUCUGGACUGUCAGUAUGGUUUGUUCUGUAGUCAUGUAAACAUGUUAGUUAUUGAUAAUAGUAUGUGCAAAUUUACAUAUUCAAA